AGCUCCACACACCAGGCGAAAAAGAAUAAAAAAGACCCCGUGCCACUUUUGAAAAAACAUCAAUUGGGAGAUCCUACGUCCCCUGAAGUACAUCUACUUCUACUCCACACUUUCACAGUAAAUAGGUACUACACGACGCACUCGCAUUUUGAUUUUCCAAAAUGAAAGCCAUAUCCAUCGAAUCUCCUUUAGAUCAAGGAGCUCAGCCGGCAAAAACGCCGGCACCAAAAAGUCAUGAUCAUGGGGAUGAAAACAAACCUACUAGAAGAAUAGCAUGGCGUCCUCACGAGGUGAUUGCGCUUCUGAUCGGGUCUCUGUGCGCAUUAUUCUCCUUCGGCUACCUUUGCGGCAAGGUUCAUUCCUUCAUUCUAGCGCACACAUCAGAGGUCUCAGACGCUUUUGGGAGGAGGAGCACGGGGGUGUCAAGCCAGGAACCGAUGACCACGCUGACGAAGGCUACAAGUCUGUCACCCGCAAAGGAGUCUUCGCCCACCGCAAGAAAUAACAUGGUCGUUGAUGAAAUAAAGCUAGACGAGAACCCACAAAUGAACAACUACCAUAACGGGGCGGAACUCGACCUCCGCGAGGCUCGCGAGGCCCUAUCGGCAGAAGUGGGGGCGAUUAGCUACUGCCACUGGCUGGAGAUCUACAGUACUAGCGAGGCCGAGGUCGAAGUUGUAGACCACAGUAGAAAGAACGUCACUUCAGCAUGCAGUAUGGGGACCACGACGUCCGAGGAUGAAGAAGUGAAAAUGAAACAGACUCUCCUCGCCCUGGUAUCCUGAGUAAAAACGUACCCACACCAUAGUUGUCAUGCAACUCUGCAUGCUUAAAAUGUUUCUCAUGCGGAGCCCCAUGAGAAGCAUUUUCUAAUGCGGUUUUGAAAUUUGUCAUGCUCCAAUCAGCACGAGAUACUAGAUCUGUAAUGCUGCUAAACUAGCUCAAACAGCACUACACUACGCGGACAAACUUGUCAUGCCAAACAACCAAAGCUGGCUGAUUUGUCUAGCAGAUUCCCCAUUCUGACUCUGGUGUGGGUACGUUUUUACUCAGGAUACCUGGAACUGCAGCAACACAAACUUGCCGACGAGCUGGACGAGUGCCUCCACACCGCGGGUAUCAAAUGUAAAAAUGUCUGGGUCUGGGAACUUGUGAUGCUGGGUGGCGUCUCAUGAUGAGGCUACAAAUGCUGGCUCAGCAUGACAAGUUUCUGAGCUCCUAGGUGUUGCCUAUUCUGCAUGACAGACUGCGCUUCUGCAUCACAGAAAAACGGAGCUCUUGGGUAACGUGCAUGACAGACUUAAGAGUCAUGCCAGACAAGCAUGACAAACAUGAAUUCUUCCAGACCCAGACAUUUUUACAGUUGAUAGCGGGCUUCCCGCGUUUCGAGGGCUUCUCGCGGCAGCACCUUUUGGUGGUACGAAGAGUGUCAGUCUUGCUGGAGGAGGCCGGACGCUUGCUCGAGCGGAGCGGCAUUGUGCAUCAUCAUCUUCCGGAGCAAAAAUUAUCUGGUACUAGCAAUGUUCUUGCCGGUAAUGGUGCUGGGUCAACAUCGUCCACAUGUACAGAAGUUGUGACGGCUAAUAUUCAGUGGCUGUUGGAGGAAGCGAGCAGUCUCUUUAGCCUCCCGCUGACGCCUUUUUCGCCACUGCAGCUUCUGUGGUCCACUGUCUUCAUGGAAACCGAAACAAGCGAAAAAAGAGCAAACCAAAGCAAAGACCAAACCAAAGGAGCUGCUGUGGCGCUGGGGGGAAAGAAUCUCCAAAUUAUUUCAACUGCGCAAGAAGGUCCACACGAACCGCGGAAGAAAAAUCAUUUUGGGGUGAAUUCCCCGGAAGUAGUAGAAUUAGACUUAGAAAAUCAAAAUCUACUCGCCAGCCUGCAAUCGUCGCACCUGCUAGAUUUGGUGUACGAUUUGCGGAUGAAGUACACGCAAUUACGCCAGAUCUUGCCGGACGGAAAAGCGCUGGAGAGGCUGACGAACGAGAAAGUUGCGCGCGAAUUUGAACAAUCGUUCGCCAAAUUGGAACCCUUGUUUCCAAAAGACCACGGAGCCGUGUACCAGAAUGAUGAUCCAAAUCGUGCAGCAGAACGGGGGCCUUCUAAAAAGAAGAUGCAACAAGACCACCACUUUGAAGAUGGUCGUCCAGUCGGGACGCCGGCGAAGCAAGACCCGAAAAAGAUGAAAAAGCGCCCUGCUGCGUCGAACUCUUCGAAAUCCAAGACCCAAACCGCGAAAGGGAACAAAAAUAAGACGACCACCUCCAGGAGGUCCCUACAGGAGGUCCCCACCUUGGACGAGCAGGAGGUGCACCACCUCACAGGCGGGGAAUCAGGGGGGGAGGAGGAUGAAGUUGACUACGAGGACGAUAAUGCACCUCCAGCAGGUCCAACCACUGACGACGGCCCGCGCUGGAAUCCGGGGUUUCUGAAAUUUUGCCGCGCCGUGCAGAGCUUCUUUUUGCUCUACUACCACACUAGUCCGAUCUGGAAUUCGGAACCUUCAACAGUGUCGACGUCUUCACGAGGGGGCACAAAGCUGGUGCAAGAACUACAGGGGAAAGGUAAAGGUGAAGACGCCAGCACCGGGGGUCGUGUAGUUCUUGACGUAGAUGAAGAGAGCAGGACCACUUCUAUUGGUACCGCUGACAGCACGACGUCGGCACCAAAGGUAAACGAAAAACCAAACAAACUUCUCACGAAAGCUGAGCGCGUCGAGAAGCGCAAGAAGACGUGGGAGAAAGCGGUGCACCGAAUUCGACACCACUAUUUCACCGCCGGGUUAGACGGGGACGAAUUUUACGAAGCCCGGCAGCGAGACCAGGUAAGUCGGUAUUUAUUUGACGGCGAAAGGAAAAACGGCGAAGAAGUAGAGAAUUACGCGCUCUCAGACGUGAAACAGGAACUCGUGUGAGCGAUGGGAAUAAUUCUUGGAGUCGUGGUUCUGUGGCCACUUGGUUCUGAUUUAUUGUAGCGGUAAGAAUAAAUCAAAAAAGUGUACGGAAUUUUUUUCGAUUUUGUCCUUUUAUCGCCAUUCUUGGCAUUCAUUCGUGUGUCUUCUCUUUCUCUUUCAUUAUGUGCGCUCGCGACGCGUAUCCCGUGCCGCAAAGUAGGCGAAAUUUUUAGCCGUGCACAUGCAAUUAAUGGAAAUUUUGUCUGUAUGCCCGCUUCCACGUAUGGUAUUCAGAUUCAGAAUUCAUGCCCAUGGAGCUACGAGGAUAUCCUUCUCAAGCAAUGUAGCUAUGUUUUGGAUUUUAUCUUUGUUUAUCACUUACACACGUCUAGUGCAACUCAUAAAUUGUUUGUAUCCCUCUUAUUAUCGGUUCACCUUUGCACAUAUAGAAACAAGAAAUG